AUGUCGUCUUUACUCCGAAAUAACUAUGCUCUUAUGAUGUUCUACGUGCGAGAGAGGCUGUGGCGCCACGCGGAGCUUGUCUGCACCGAGACCAUUAAGAGCACUGACAGUUGGGUCUUGCGUGUUUGGCGUGCGCUGUGCUACGACCAGCAGGGUCAAUCGAACGAGGCAUUGCGUGAGUAUAAGGCCGCGGAACAGCGUCGGGAAACCAAUAUUCCUGCGUUGAUGGGGAUUGCGCUCAUAUACCGCAGGAACAAGGAUACGGAGGGACUUUCUUCGGUAGAACGUUCCUUGGGUGACAGUUCUCACGCAAAUGAUGUGGACGGAUGGGUACAGGCGGCUGCGCUUGCGUGGGCUGCUGGUGACACCAGCGGAGCACGUGACAUUCUUAUGCGCUUUCAGGAUGGCUUUGAUGAGCAUCGUGAUGAGUAUACAAACCUCGCGACGGUGCGAGCCUGGGUGGACCUCAGCACAGGCCGUGGUGCCUUUUUGGAGAAGAGCGGUGCGCUUCUUCGGAAAGUCAUGGAGAUGGAGGAUCAGGACGGGCAAACGAUGGACUUGGAUGCCGCAAUGGGCCGUGUUGUGUUUUAUGAGCGCAAAUUCCAGUUUUCUCUAGCACAACAACUGCUAAACAAGCUUAUUGUGAGUCGCCCGAACUUCACCCCAGCCCUUGUAGUGAAGGCGCGACACCUCAUGAAGGCGGAGGACUGGGAUCAGUGCUGGGAGACAACAAAGCGUAUUCUUGCAAAGGAGAAGACCAAUCUCGAGGCUUUGGCGCUCAAUACACUGUUUCUUCUCGUGAAGGAUGCCCGUUAUGAGGACGCCGCAGCACAGCUACCUCGGCUUUUUGAAGCAGUAAAGGAAAAGGAACCGAAGAAUGCGGCGCUCUUUUUUGAGUACGCACGGUGUUUCUCUCGUCUUAGCGGGAAUUACCUGCCACUGUUAGGCGUCACCACGCAGUUUGCGGAGGUUGCCCACCGCAUGGCGUCACAAAGGGGUGACUACUUUGCAGAAUUGGGCUACCAGCAGACGUUUCGUGGUGAAUACAAGGCGGCAAUUGCAACCUUUAAAAAGGCUUCUUCAACGCCCGACAGCAGCAUAACACCUCUACUGGGCCUGAUUCGCUGCCUUAUCCUUACUGGCGACCUUGACGAAGCCGCAAAACAGAUUGAAUUCCCAAACGAGAUUCAGGCACCGAAUCAGCGCAACGCGGAGCUGAGCCUACUCAACGCCAUAUUGCAGUGGCGGCGGCAUAAAAACCAUGCAAAGACCAUUGUUUUUCUUGAUCAAGCUGCAGAGGCCAUUAGACAAGAUGUAGGGACAUAUCAGACCGGGAUGGAACUGUACAUCAGACUUAAUCCCCCAUUGAUGCUAGAUAUUGCAAAGGAAUACAUGCAGCAUUGCCGCACUGAGCCGCCAGACCCAACAGUACCUAAGGCAGACCCAAUUGCCGAGAAGUGUAGGCGACACCUUGAGUUGCUGCUGCGGCAUGUUCCUGGUUGCCUGGAAGCGCAGCUUCUCCUCUCUCGGAUCUAC